CCUACUUCCGGUUUGAUCGCUGCAUGUGUUUUUGAAGAUCACCUGUACUGGCCAAUGCUGAGUUCCAACAAUGAAAGCCCUUACCAGCCUUAUGAUUUGAAUACAGAAUCAAAUUGACACUGACCUCAAAGGGCAAAAGGUCAAUAUGAUUGUCAUGAUGAAGAAGGUGAAGGUCAGAUCAUGCAUCACAGCAGUCUGUGGUAAACAAGUGAUUAUUCUGUAGCAACUGAUGACACAUGUAAGUUAUGUACUAGAAAUUCUCUGCCAUUUUGUGUUUUUAUUUCAUCUAGUCAUAUUCCAUUCCCGGAAAAAAAGUUAAUGUCAUUAUGAUAAACACAAAUGAAAAAGAUUUGGACACAAGCCAUCUGAUUGGUUGACAAAGUACUGUCGCUAUGGAGAAUUUGAAGAAACAUCUACUGAUGACCUCUGGGAGUCGACCUCUCGGAGCUGGUGAGUCACAGUCAGCGUUCUUCGUUGAAGAUGGAGAGAGUGUUUUUGCAGGACAGGUGCAAAAUAGUUAUGAGGGUGUUGUAGAGUACCUGGAUGCUUGGAAGAAGUUUGAUGGGGCAGGAACCCAUCUUCUCGACUCCCUCCAAAGUGUUACCAAGGAUACUCGGUGUGAGAGGCUAGGACGCGAGACGUGUGGGGCAUUUCAGACCGUGUACAGUAGUAGCAAUGGAAUCGACCCAGGCGGCAAACUCAGGGAGAUGGAAAAACUCAUGUCCAGUCUGAAGUCGAGGCUAGAUAAAGGAGAAAAGCUAGAGAAAACCCCUACUAACUCUCAGGUGCUAUGUCAAUGUCUGCUGUUGUUUCUAAAAGUCCACUCCGAUUACCACCAUAUGUGUUCUGUUACCUUGACAACCUUGCUCAACAAACUAGUCCAAAUCUAUGAGAGUACGGAGAAUAAUGACAUGCUUCAGCAAAUGGCUGCCUUAGAUCUCAUUCCUAAAGUUACCAAAGAUUCCCCUUUACACACCAGUGCUCCUCCGCCAAAGAAAAAUAGUCCCAACAACGGAUCACCAAAAUUGAACAAGAACAACACAUUUAAGUCUUCGUUGUUCUCGUUGUUUGAAAGGAAAUCUUCACCCGAUGAAAGCAAAUGUGCCUUUUAUGUAGAUCUUAACCAGAAUGGUGCUAGUGGCCAGUUACAAAAUGUAGAUCCCUUUGCCAGCAAUCAUGUGACACCACAGAGCCAAUCAGAUAUCCUGGUUCCGAUUGGCUUAGAUCCUGUACAUGAGGAUGUCAGAGAGGAGGAGAAUUUGAUGCAACUACAGGAUGUUGAUAGUGCAAGGGAAGAUGUACAGACUAUGUCUGCAGGUCAGACAGUCAGUGUACAGUAUCCUGGUCAAGUUGUCAGUAGCCAUCCUGCCACUGAAGAAGACCUUGACCUUGUCAUCAACCUUUUGUCAGGGAUUGGUGGAUCAUCCGGUCACAUGGAGCCCAUCCCAGAAAACCACACCCACAUCAGCGUGCCAACGGUCUUCAGCAGCCGUACCCCAUCGCCAAGAGAUAUGGAUGACCUUCGACUUUCUAAGGUGCCGACCCACAGACGGUCCGACGGAUGUCUCGAUUUCACUGGGAUGGGAGGCCAGGGCCGCAACACUUGGCCGCAUCGUUCUAGUCUCCCAACCAGCUCACUGUCAUCCCAUCAGCAUGGCUUCCCGGACCAUCUGUCUGGUUCAAAUACCGUGCCACGCCGAUACUCUCAUGACAUGUGUCAUCGCCCCUCCCACAGCUACAACAGUCCCAUGGGGUCGGGACAGAAUCUAUCCGGGGGCUUACAGUGGGGUGGCUUCCCCGACACUCGAUACAACAACAGGACGUGGCCACUCAACAGUGGUGGCCUGUCAGGUCACGGGUCAGACAAUACACUCAAUAGCAGCUGGUCUGCCAUUCAAGACUCGGACGACCUCAGUGAUGAUUCGUCUUGCGGGGAGCAGUUUUUUGCAGUGGGGCUGGACCUUGUACAUGCCAUAGAGUCAAAGAGUGGGUGCAGCGAUGACGAGAAUCGUAAGCCAGGUGUAAAAUCACCCAACCAUGACCGCCCACCUUCUUGCGACGAUCGCCCACACAGUGCUGAAGGUCUCCUGCACGAAAAACAAGUGCAUGGUCUGUGGCCAUCCAAUCAGAACUGGAACCAGCCUGGACAAGUCCUAGCCAAUGAAGAGGCUGCUGAAGGGUCAUAUGACCAGUCUGUAAACCAAUCACAUCGUCCGGUGUCUAUGCAGUGGAGUGAUCCUCUUGCUAACAGGAAUGUCUGGCCAGUGUCUGGUGUUGGCAACUCACACAGCCUUCAGGGAUUCGGACAACACCAGUAGUGAAUUUGUUGACGUAGCAAUGUUGUCGACCACAAACGUAAGGCACAGCUACUGAAGAUUUCUCUCCUGUCACCUCCAAUACCAGUUCCUGUAGAGGUCAGGAGGUCAUCUUAGGUUAAAGGUCAACUCUCAGUACACGAAGAAAAAGUUCAAGAGAUCAUCACAUAUUUAAGUUCAACUAGAGUUCAAGGGAUAAAGUUCAAUUCUUGAAGAAAAAUACAGUUCAGGAGAUCAUCUUAGGUUAAAGGUCAACUAGAGUUCAACGGAUAAAGGUCAGCUACGUGUAUCAGUUCUUAAAGACAAAUAUAGUUCAGGAGAUCAUUUCAGGUUGAAGGUCAACUCUCAGUUGACAAAGUUCAGGAAAUCAUCAACAGUUAUACAGGUAUACCCCUGACAGUUAAGGGGAUGAGUUAUACAGGAAUCAAAGUGUCCAUCUGUCCGGUAGACAGACUAUUAAAGAUGUCAACUUUAUUUAUUUUACAACAAUUGUGAAACAAGUUAUAUUAACUUCAAUUAAUCACUCUUGUUGGCCCGGAUGUAAGCGUGCGAGGGGUCUUACUGUGGGAGGAAACCGGAGUACCCGGGGAAAACCCUCGUAGUCAGCAGGUGACCACAUACCUUUUAACGUCCGAUCAGGGAGUCGAACCCCGGCCGCCUAUGUGAAAGGCAAGUGUGCUACCACUGCGCCACCCGACCACCCAACCGAAUAUUGUCCACAGUUAAAAAAAAUUCUAACAUUCUUUACCUGUUUUUGUGAGAUUUGAUACAUACUAUCAUCACCUUACGUACCUGUAUGUGUAUAAUUAAUUUCCAGUGUUAGAUGAUAUGCCUGGGGAUGUAUGAUUCUAUUCCAUCAUUUUUAGAGGUUUUUCUGCAAUAAAUACUCCUUACUCACUAAACUGAUCUCUAGAAAACUCUUUGUACUUGCGAUAUAAAUUUUAUUUCUUUGAUUUUCCAUGAAAUUAUGCCACUUGUAAUGUUUGACUCGACUAUCUCGGGGAGAGAUAGGUUCAUAGGAUUGUUUUUGUUUGUAUUUAUUUUUGUUAUUUAUGUUCUGUAAGUGAGCCCAUUUUGGUGUACUCAAAAUUUAUUGCAUCAUUUUCAAAGAUGCAAGUGUUGGUUGGUUCUGCAGGAUAUUUCCUUAAUUUUGAUAUCUAUAUAACAGUUAUUGACGAGAUAUUUAUACACUGCACUAGUAACACUCUGAUAAGAUGAUAACAUAGAUAAUGUUAAAUAUUGAUAGAUCAUAUACAAGCAGUAUUGAAUUAAUAUUUCAUUUUCACUUUUAUUUAAUUGAUCCACAAAUAAGCCCAUGCUCACAAAUAAGCGCCGUUCAUUUUUGCAGAACCAUUAUAUUUACAAAAAAAAAAAAAAAUCUUUAAAUUUUAGAAUUAUAAGCUAAAAAAUAAUUCAUAAAUAAACCUUCCUAAAACUUUAAUAUUAAAUUUUUACACGAGAGGAGGGGGCUUAUUUGAAAAUAAAUACUACAGUACUAAACUAGUACUUUCACACUGUGGAAAGGGCUAGUAGAUUUUAGGAUAAAUACGGUAAUCCUGGGUAAACCAUUAUACUAUGGGAGGGCUUAUUUUAGGAUAAAUAUGACAUUAAAUAGUACACUAGGAGAGAGGGCUU